AUGGAAUUGUUUGAGCCAACAAGGCAAUACGAAAUAGAUAUUUCGUCAUACACCCUACACUCUCCACUUUCACCUCAAUCACCACAUACACCGCCACUGAGUCCACCUUCACCUUAUCAAGACUCUCAUGCCUUUAAUUCAAAACAAAUCGAUAAGCCAAAAGCUAAUAAUCCUCUAGUUGAUCUAAUCGAAACCGAAAAAAUAUAUGUUUCAGAUUUAAAAUGUCUGUUACAACAAGUUACAGCAAGUUGGAGUAGAGAUAAUCUCCCCCCACUAGAGUUGGAUUUAAUGUUUCGCCAUAUUGAAAUAAUUUAUAAACAAAACAAAAAGUUUUACUCGAAACUUUCUAAAAUAGGAUCGAGUCCAGUAUUGGCAAGAGAUCUUGGUGAUACUUUAAUGGGUUGGGUCGAUGAUAUGGUGGGACCAUAUACAAAAUAUGCCGAAAACUUCAGAUUAGGUUUUGAUUCUUGGCCCGAAAUUGAAGAAAAUUCGACUUUACAACAGACUUUAAAUGAUAUUUCGGCUGAAAAGAAUCAACCUGUUUCUUUGGAUUAUUUUUUCGAUAUGCCAUUUAAACGACUUCAUUAUUACAAAAAACUAUAUAUGCGACUAUAUAGGAGCACUGAGCCUGGACGUUCCGAUGCUAACCUAUUAUUAUCUGCAAAUGAACGAAUUGAUUUUCUUCUUGAAAUGGAGGAAGAAAUCAAAGGAGCUGUGAUGACUUCGUCAGUCUCUGAAGAAGUUGUUUCUUCGGUGGUAAUUUCAGAAGAAGUGUCUUCACUAAUAAUUUCUUCGGUUGAGGAGGAUGUUUCUUCAGCAGUAAUUUUGCCUGUUGAAAUAGAUAAUGAUGAAAAAGAUAAUAUUUCUAUCAAGUCCCCUUCAACAAAAUCACAAAAUAUUAGUUCUCCAGUUGAUUUGAAGAAUUGGACCAUGAAAGACUUAGAAAAUCAACUUGAUACAUCCAAAACUAAAGAUUUAUUUACAAAAUUACCAAAGAUUGUAAAACUUUCGUUUUUUUCAACAAAUCUUCCUUUCAAACGUGAAAUUGUUCUUCAUGAUGAUUUUAUUAUUGAAAUUACAGAAUCCAUGAAUUCAAUUGAUUUAUCUCACAUUAAUGUUCAUAUGUUUUUAUUGACCGACCUUUUAUUGAUUUGUCAACAAAUCACUCAAGAAGAAAAGCAAGAAUUUUUCUUGGAAAAGGAUAUGAGAUUAUUAUAUCCACCAUUGAGUACAAAACAUCUUGCUAUCAAGGAUGUAAGCGAUGGUGAAGAAGAAAUGCUGGAAUUGACGGUUUUGCAAAAAGAAAUGAUAGUUAUUUAUGUAGAUACCAAAGAAGUUAAAGACGAUUGGUUGAAAGAAGUUACUAAAUCUAUUAACCUUUCUUUUAAUGGAACUGAAAAGCCUCAAUUAGGUAUAGAUUUAAAGGCCGUCCGUAAAUUUGAUAAUAAUUCUCAAUUAUCAACUCCUCCAAUGUCUGCAAACGCGAUUAAAAGAAGUCCAAGUGUAGGUAAUCUGAUAAGCAAACAGCAACUUCAAUCUCCAUCACCUUUAGGGUCUGGGGGGUUUAAUAGUCAAAGUUCGAGCUUAUUUCCAUCUACGCCUGGUUCAGAUUCUCCUAUCGUACGUUCACUUACGCCAGAUCCACCUCGAAAUGUGGGUGGAAAUUAUCCUGGUGAUUACGUGCCAUUUGCAGAAGGAAAUGAACAAGGAACUGGACAAGGACGUCUUAGCGAUCCAAUAUCACCUUUGGAUAUAAAAAAUAGACUGAAUGCAGGAUUACGUGAACGUUCUAAUUCUAUAGCUUCGCUCGCAUCAGUUAUGAGUAUCGCAGUUGAUCAAGAAACAAUUUUCAGAUCAUCCUCAUGUGAAGUAUUUACAUGGGUAAAUGGAGAGUGGAAGCCUUUGACUAAGAAAGAUAAGUGUAUUGUGGAAAUUCGUAUGACAGCUCAAAAAAAAGGAUGUUGGGCUAUAAUAUUGGGAUCAUCUAAUAGAAUGGUUCUUAACGCAUGGAUUUAUUCUUCAACCACCCUUCAUCGAGAGGAUGCAAAUUCUUUUAGUAUAUCAUGUGAGAUGGGACAAAGACGAGAGUAUUACAAGAUUGACACAAUAGAUAGUACAGAAUCUGAUCAAUUUAUUGAUAGCCUGUUGAAAGUUAGGGAAAGUGCAAGAGGAAGUCUCAAUGUUUCACCUGAGUUCAUUUCUCGAUCAUCUUCAUUACAAACAAUUGAACCUUUGCGGGAAGUAGAACAAACUAUUACGCAAAUUAUGGAGACUAGAUGUCGUGUAUUUUUACAAAAUGAUCAUGGAGUUUGGACAAAUCUUGGAUGGGGUAGUAUGAAAUUAUCACUUGAAACGCCUUCACACCGCAAGAGAGUUAUAGUCAAUUCUGAUAAGAAGAAAACAAAGACAAUAAUAGACGCGAUUAUCUGGGAAGAUGGUGUUGAAAGAGUUGGAAAGUGCAAAGUAGCUCUUACGUUGAAUAAUAUGGGUAAUAAUAUGCGAAUCAUUUAUUUACUUCAGAUGAAAGAUGAAGCAUCGGCUGUCAAGGUAUUUGACAUUAUGAAAGAAAAGCGGAAGAAAUGA